CAAUACAUUCAUUGCCAGAAAAACGAGGACGAUAAUAGAAAACACAAGAUCAGAUAUAUUUGAGGAUUAUCAGUGUGGUGGAUCUAAUUGGACGGAAGCUUUUGUCUACGAUUACCAUUUAGUUGGUGUUCAUGACUAUCCAAAUACGCUAAGAACGCCGAUCUCACUCGCUAUAAGGGGCACGGUAUUUAUGCAUGCCUCAAAGAUCGUCACAAGACAAAUGUGUCUAUCUUUAUUCACGUCUUAAGCCUCUUAAUCUGUCAUGGUAGUGUCUAGCUAACUGAUGGGUGGAUGGUCCAUUAUUGUCCUCGUUACCGAGCUACGGAGGGUAUAGUUUGGAUGCCAUACCACUGAGCUAUCCUACCGCAAUGGUAAUUGUGAUUACAUGUUUUGAGGAAGUGAAUCUUAGUUGGAAGUAGACAAUUCGACGGACAUGCAAGUAUAGAUAUACUCAAAGGCUUUCAUUUAGCGCUCCCAUACUGAGAAAUUCUUAGUAUUUGAUUGACCAAUCACAGGCCGAUUGAAUACCGAGUGAAAUACUUCGUCCAACGCACAGGAAAGCCGGUGGCAUUGACUUCGAAGUUGCGGGCGAGCGACGAGGAAGAAAAAAUGUCUUUACCAAUGAAUUCGAGCAACGAAACCUUAAUACAAAAUUCCAUGGAUUUCACAUUUCGUGUAAUGCGUCUUGGUCUUUAUCCUUUAGUGUUGGCGCUAGGAAUCUUUGGAAAUCUUCUUGUAGCCUUCGUGAUUUUACAAAAUCGUCGUCGGGAUUUUCGACCAUCGGUUCGCUACUUCAUCCUGAAUCUUGCUAUCUCAGACCUAAUUGUUUUAGUGAUGUUCAUCCCGUUUGACUUCGCUUAUCUUGAGCAAGACGUCUGGAUAUUUGGUUUGGUGAUGUGCAAGUUCGUAAACACUUUGAACUACGCGUUUGUUACUGUGUCUGGAACGACGUUAGCUGCGAUUAGUAUCGAGAGACAUCGUUCUAUUGUCUACCCGGUGAAAAAACCUUUGAGCGCCAGAUUCACCAAGACAAUCAUCAUCGUUAUCUGGAUCUACGCCGUACUAUCACUUGUACCAUUCAUUGAUUCGCUCUACAUCACUUCUACUGGCAAGUGUCAGAACGAUCCAAACUGGUGGCCGAGUACAUUAGCCUUCCAGGUAACAUUCACCCUCAGCUGUCUUGUUCCAGGAUGUGUGCUUCCACUCAGCUGUAUCACCGUCUGUUACGUUGCCAUAGCAAUCAGCUUGAACCGACAAAACAAACGGCGUAGAUACCGCAACAGCAAGCGUGUUCAGACAACCCUGAGCCACCGCACGAGACAAAACAGGAAGACUAUCAAAGUGUUGAGUGGUCUUGUGGCUGUUUACUCUCUGUGCAUUAUUCCCCAUUUUAUCAUCCUCACCAUGGUUAUAUUCGAUCGAGAUAACACAGAAGCCCUGCCGUCUAUCUACCCUGCACACGAGUUCACUCGGUUACUGAUGACGGCUAAUAGCUGCCUCAACCCCAUAAUGUACAGCGCCGUCAGCAAGGAGUUCAGGGACAAGCUGAGGUAUAUCCUAUGCCGGGGAAGAGCUAUCGCAGGAGUCCAUGCCGAAUUGAACGUUGGUGUUCCUUCUCCUGGAGUAAGACUUGAAGCUAUGACUCCAUUACCACUGGUCGCACGAGUCAAUCGAUCCUAAGCCCGCUAUUGUCACUGUCAGGUAAUACGACAAAAUAUUCUAUAUGUGCGGGAACUAGUCACAUGAUCAUUCUCCGCCAUAGACCUUAGAAAUAGCGAAAUUGAUUCAUUGUGGUCUAGCUUCAGUACAAAAAAUAUUUGGUUCAUCAUGCCUUAUAUGGUGUUGUUUGUACCAAAGCUUGGAUCACAAUGCAAUCUUUUUAUCCAACGGAAUAAAAAAAAAAAAACUGCCACAAAUGAUAUAUACGAAUAAUGUUGAUACUUUUUAAACGCUUUAAUUUGCUACAAUGCAAUCUUUUUAUCCAACUCAGAAAGAGUCUAUGUUGGAUGAUAGAUGGAAUUUGUGAGGAAAUGAACAAAAAAAAAAACAAAAAAAACUGCCACUUGAUCAUACGAAUAAUGUUGAUACUUUUUAAGCGCUUUAAUUUGCUAUUCACUAUUCAUUACUGAGGAUUCUGAUCACGUGGCUACACCAUCAUUUUUUGCCAAAACGUUUAGUAUCCCGAUAUUUGAAACCCAAAGAAAUGAAAGAAAGUGGAACUUGACGAUCAUCGGCAUUCUUGAAAUAUAAACUAAUUUAUUACUAAUAUAUCACUUGAGCAAAGUUUCUUUCUAGUGGCAAAACUGCUGAAAGUGCGAUACUACAAUUUCAAUAGUAGGAAAUCGAAGGAAAGACCAUCCCUUUUUCCCAUGAAGACGGCGGGGUGACGUAAAUAUGACGUAAAAAGUAUGACGCAAAAGUGGAUGGAGUUACAUGGAUGGGAAAUAUUAUAUAUCUAAAUCACUUUCCACUAUCAUGGUGAUGAUGAUAGUAAUGAUGAUGACGAUGAGGAAUGAUGUUGGUGCUAGCAAUAUCUAUGAAAUGAAAUGAAGAUGACUCAAAGGCAAUAUCUAUGAAUUAAUGUGAAGGAUAACGACAAGAGAAGGAUUUGAAUAAUUUUUUUAAAACUUACAAGCAGCUCGAAAACGAAACGCAAGCUGUAAUCCACACUUGCAUAAACAUGAGUGGAAUUAGCAGUGGAUCUUAGCGCUCUCUUAUAUUUCCUGUGGGUCAAGUAUAUAAGAGGAAUAUGGAUUCUGACGGACGCCCUGCUAAAAGGACCGAAUUGUCUUCAAGGAUCUUAUUAAAAGAUUUCAUAAAGACUUAAGCUACAUUACGAGUGUUCUUAUAACAACUAUCGAGUGCUUGGAAUUCUCGAAUUUCUGAAUUACGUAUACAUGAAGAUAAGUAGGCACAACUUUAAUUCUUUAGCCAUCUGGUCGCGGGAUUAAAGUUCAUAAUUUGGAAGAUAUUUUGAGAAUGUAAAAUGAUAAAUGGAAAAUUAGACCAAUCUUGUAAAAGCCUUGAUUUGAUUAUGAUAAGAGACCCUUAAGACCA